GCGAGGAAAAUCUCUGCCCAAAAAUCAGGAAGAAAUGGUUUCCGUUGAAACAUUUCGCGUGCUGGGCUACAUUUAUGGCAUUUUGGGCAUAGCAGCAAGUACCUUCGAGAUGACCAAGUGCAUUCUGCGGAUUGCUAUUGGGCACAUCGAGCACCACCAACGGCACUUCAAUUCGGAACAUUUUCGGCAGGCUCAGGAUGUUAGUACGGUGUUUGCGCUGCCACUGUGUGCCUUGUGGAUGGUGUUUUUCGUCAUUUUGAUAAUGGGAAUUAAGACGAAAAAUCUAAUUCUGGUGAGGGCUCACAAAAUGUUUCUGAUAAUUAGCAACGCCAUUGGGUUCAUCAUUCUGGGCAUUGGAAUCCUCGUGCUGACAAUUUUCUACAAUGAAAAGGAUGCCAAGUUGGCAAGGGUCAUCUUGGUCAUUGUACUUGUUAUUGGAUUAGCUUCCUACCUGUUGGCCCUGUGGAUCGUCAACGGGGUGAUCCGGUACAUCGAAACGGACCGGAUCAUCAACAAUACCGAGGUGGUCAUUUUUCAUCCGGACGUGCAGCACCACGUUCAGUUCGAGUAUGAUUACACUCCAGUUUAGGAAGGGGCAGCAAUACUACGAUAAAGUACGUAAAAAUUUAGUGAACUAAACUACUCGCCGUUUGUUAUAAAACUACUCAGGUAAUAAAAAUGUGUUUCAAAUUGAGCUAAAGUACUGAACUUUGAUGAUUAAUAAAGAUUUACAAUUAAU